CAGCGACAUCAUCAUCAGCAGCGAUAUCAUCAGCAGCAGCAGCAUCAUCAGCGGCGGCGGCGACAUCGUCAGCGAUGAGCUCCGCCGGUGAUCUGAGCGCCGAGGCGGCGGCGGUGGCCGCGGCAUCGUCCCCGCGCCUCGAGCACCUCCUGAGCGCCGUGGAGCGCGAGUCCCGCGCGGGCAGCGAGAAGGGCGACCCCACGGAGCGCGAACUGCGCGUGGCGCUCGAGGAGCGCGACCUCUGGGAGAGGUUCAGCGAACUCACCAACGAGAUGAUCGUCACCAAGGCGGGCAGGCGAAUGUUCCCCGUGAUCAAGGCGUCCGUGUCGGGCCUCGACCCGAACGCCAUGUACUCCCUGCUGCUGGACUUCUGCGCCGCCGACGCCCACCGCUGGAAGUACGUGAACGGCGAGUGGGUGGCGGGCGGCAAGCCCGAGCCGCAGCCGCCCAGCUGCGUCUACAUCCACCCGGACUCGCCCAACUUCGGGGCGCACUGGAUGCGCGCGCCCGUCUCCUUCUGCAAGGUCAAGCUCUCCAACAAGAUGAACGGCAGCGGGCAGAUAAUGCUCAACUCGCUCCACAAGUACCAGCCCCGCAUCCACAUCGUGCGCGUCGGCGGCGCCCAACGCCUCGUCACGAGCCACGCGUUCCCCGAGACACGCUUCAUCGCCGUCACCGCCUACCAGAACGAGGAGGUCACUUCGUUGAAAAUCCUGCACAACCCAUUCGCCAAGGGAAUUCUGGACGCGAAGGAAAGAAGCCACACCAUGAAGGACUCGAACGUGAGCGACUGUCCACAGAGUCCGUACUCACACGCGAGCCACGGCUGGUGGAUGGGGAAGCCUCAGCCACAGCCGAUGUCGCUGGCCCAGGGCACCGCAACGCCGCUGGGCUGCGAGCGUCUCUCCGGCCUGCACUCCCACCGCGUGGCGCCGUACCCCAGCCGCGUGCCAACACAGCACGCACUGCACCACGGCUCCGCAAUGCUUGGCGAGGAUGAGAGCUGGGCCGGCCUGCAGGCGCCCAACGCCAUCGCGCACUCGCACGGCCAGUACCCCAGCCUGUGGUCCGUGAGCAACAGCAGCCUCUCCCCGGCACAGCAGCAGCAGCAGCAGUCCGGCCCCACCGCAGGCCUCCCCGUGCCGUUCUUCCGCGGCGGCGGCGGCGGCGCCUCCUCGUCCUCGUCCCCGUACGGGUCGAGCCACGGAGGGGGCCCCCCUGCCGUGUCGCCCUACGACAGCGUCGGCCACCACCACCACCACCACCACGGCUCCGAGCUGGCGGGGACCGGCCACCCCCUCUCCUCCUGCUCCGCCGUCAUCCCCGUCUCGUCGGGCCCCGCAGACUCGCUGUACGAUCAGACGGCCCCCUUCACCUGGGCCAUGCUGGCCACACAGGGGAUGUAGCGGCCCUGGCGUGCGGAGCGGAGCGAUGGCGCGGCGGGGUGGGGGGAGAUGAGGUCGCGGGCGCCCUCCGAUCGUCGCCCGGAGUCGUCGGAGUUGUUCCGCCCGAGGGAGCGGCGAGGCGGCGCCGUGAACGCGAGCGGUGAAGGGGGCAAAAGGGGCCGAGUGGGCGAUCGCGGACGAGGAGCAGCGCACGGCCCAACCGGGGGUGUUGGGGGGGGGGGGUGGGGGUGGGCCACUCUCCCCAACCGCACGAGCGGAACAAACACUCGGCCUGCCCUCAGGCCAAAGCAAACCAGGCAUGCCAGAUCUCAGCAGCAGCAGCAGCACCGGGAGCGGGACACGUGAGCAAACUCCGGCCCUGCUCCUGCCCGGGCCAUAGUCACGCGAAUCGACCAGACUGUGGCCAGAGGCCUCAACGCUGGCCGCGCCCAGCCAACUGGACUCCAGGAGCGAGCCCUAGACCGCACAGGAGCCAACCAGGGCCUUAACCCGCUCUGGCGCUUGAGCCAGAGGCUCCUGGUCACCGUCUGUUGUUGCGUUUCCACUUUUGCGGGGAGUGGCUGCGCCGCGCCUUCCCGUCGACGGUCCGGAGCCAGUGGCGGGAAUUUCACACCCGGCAGCAUUUGGCGGUGGAUUUUAUUUUUUUGGUCGAUCGAUGAAACUUUUUCUUUUUAAGCCGCCGAACUAUUGAUUAACGGUGAAGUUGAAAUUAAACGUUCGAUGCUACGUUGUCGUACUUAAUUUGAUAUAUAUGUAUUAGAACAAAUGUGUGUUACGUGAGAGAGUAACCCUGCCUCGGGUGAGCGAUGGGGGUGGCCUUCGUUUUUCCAUCGGUGGCUCUGAGCCAGUGCGAGAAAUUCCACAUUCCCUUGGGGGUGGGAGCCAGUCUCUCCAUAGGACAGGUUUUCAGAAAAAUAACGGUGCUCAUUUUAUCGACCCCUAAGGGGUGAUGGGCUCAUGUGUCACCACACCAGGGAUUUCAAACUCACAACGUCCUGCCAGACGGAGGUGCCACUCGGCCAUAUUAGAUUACGGAUCAGAACCACGCCUUACAAGUUUACGCAACAAACAUCAUGUGUUUUCGCAUGUUUCCACAGUGCUGCAAUGUCACCUGAUUGCCUGAUUACCGUUAUAAAUAAUUUAUUUAAAAAUUAACACAUGUCAGGGUUGAUUUGGGGUGGCCAAUGAGGGUACAUGACAAGUCGUGGAUUAUUUACCAUGACUGUGCAGUAUUUUUAAGUGCAGUCAACCUCCUCGUGCGCCUGGGGUUUCUCCUGUCUUCUCCGGUUUCCUUUCCACGUGAAGCCAAAAAUAUUUUGUUUAUUUGUUUUUUACCAGGUAAGGUCCCACUGAACUAUGUAGCUCUUUUUGUCAGCAGCGACCUCGCCAUCACAAAUGAUGGCUCAACGCAGCGGCUUAUCAUCGCGUCGGAAUCUAUCGCAGCCAAAAACUCCGAACGCACGCUGAUUUCUGAAUGUGGAGGGGAAAUUCGAAGGGCCCAGAGAAAAAUCCACGCGACCACGGGGAGAGAGACGCGCAAACUCAAAAUAUACAGCAGUAGGCGUCAAUGCUCGUUCAGCGGAAUUGACCAAACUUCGCAAUGCAGCAGCGCCCUCUUGAAAGUGAAUCUGAAGACUCCAAAUUGAUUUCCUGGAUAAUGGGCAUUAGUAUUUUUGUUCGUAAUUAUUAUUUGAUUUCAUCUUAGAAAUGAUCGACUAUCACGACGCUCAGAGAGCAUCGUGGCAUUGUGUCGCGACUUAUCAACAACCCUUGCUGCCGCUGCUGCUGCUGUCCACGGAUGUACUGUCACCAAAGUUCUCAUUUUCCAAUUGAAUUUGUUUUUGGGUAUUUUUUUUUGUUUUACCAUUUGCAAAUUGUACGAAGUUUGAUCUUAAAAAUAAUCCUAAUUUGGUGUAUGCUAAGUGAUGGUGUAAUCUUAAGACACACCGCAAAUGUGUUCGUAAUGUUGGAUGACAGGUUGUCUGACGGUGGUAAUGCGAAACAGCGACACACGAUUGCCCUAACGUCGGGUACAGGAUUCUCACUGAGAACUCUUGGACCCUGGCGAGGCACUGCUGCUGAUUUAAUAGUUCCAGUUUGUUUAUUGUAAUAAUUGCUCGUGCAACCGGCGAGAGGAAUGAUGCCACACUCCACUCCCCAAGAGGUGUGCGUUCACAAUCUGUGCAAAUACGUCUCUCUUUUUUUUAAAGAAGAAUAUAUUUUGUAAAUGGUUUCUAAAAUGACUUUGUUAUUGUUGUUGUUUCGAAUAGUCUGAGCGGUAGUCACCACACCAACAGACACACACAUUAAAGCUGUAAGAUGUGUUUCGAAUUGCAAUAUUGACUUGUAAUGUGAAAGUUAUUGUCGCUGCGUUUAAUUUAAAUAAAAUGAAUGAAUUUGGUU